AUCCACAGCAUCCUUAGGAGCAACCACCUUCUCCUACCUCCUCUGCAUCUGGUAAAAUUCCUGCAAAGAUGUCCUGCCAGCAGAACCAGCAGCAGUGCCAGUCCCCACCCAAGUGCCCCUCACCCAAGUGCCCCCCAAAGAGCCCAGCACAGUGUCUGCCUCCAGCCUCUUCUGGCUGUGUUUUAAACUCCAGGGGCUGUGGCCCCAGCUCUGAAGGUGGCUGCUGCCCGAGCCACCACAGACACCGCAGGUCCCAUCGAUGCCGGCGCCAGAGAUCCAACUCCUGUGACAGAGACAGUGUUCAGCAAGGUGGGGGCUCCUGCUGUGGCCAUGGCUCUGGGGGCUGCUGCUGACCUGCAUCCUGAUGAUGAGAUGAGUGAUCUUUGGAGGAAACAAGAAUCCCAAGGGCCCAGGAAAAGCCCC